AUGUGGACUCAAUCAGAAGGCAGUUCAGAAGUUGAGGACAUGGACACCUCAGACACUUCUGUUAAAAAAACAUGGUAUUGGUUCUACCUGGACGAAAGAGGAACGUGGCACAUGUUUGAGGUAUCUGUCUCUUUUGACAGUCUUACACCCCCGCACACACUGGUUGAUUCAAAAUUGUGCAGGUCUACAAUUUUGUUUCUGGUGUCCUUUGACAGCUCUUUGGUCUUGGCCAUAGUGGAGUUUGGAGUGUGACUGUUUGAGGUUGUGGACAGGUGUCUUUUAUACUGAUAACAAGUUCAAACAGGUGCCAUUAAUACAGGUAACAAGUGGAGGACAGAGGAGCCUCUUAAAGAAGAACUUACAGGUCUGUGAGAGCCAGAAAUCUUGCUUGUUUGUAGGUGACCAAAUACUUAUUUUCCACCAUAAUUUGCAAAUAAAUUCAUUAAAAAUCCUACAAUGUGAUUUUCAGGAUUUUUUUUUCUCAUUUUGUCUGUCAUAGUUGACGUGUACCUAUGAUGAAAAUUACAGGCCUCUCUCAUCUUUUUAAGUGGGAGAACUUGCACAAUUGGUGGCUGACUAAAUACUUUUUUUCCCCACUGUAUAUAUUCAAACCUUGAUUAGAGUAGAUUAUUCUGCAAUAAUAUAUGUUUGUUUACUUAUCAUCAAAAUGAGUUAUCCUGAGUUUGUUUGUAAUCUGAAUAUGAUUUAAUUUCCAUCAUUGACCGCUAGGUGUUUUGUCUGAAGAGAGACACAGCUGAGUAUAAUUAUGUGGCAGGCUGCUUAAAGGAGGGGGAACUAGACAGAAGCAUAAAAUCCAUCUGUAGAAUACAGAACCUGGACCUCUGGGAAUUGUACUGUAGGUAAGAGGAAGUAGAAUUUACAUCAUCAUCAUCAUAAUAUUAUAAUAAUUUCUCCAGAAAUAGGUGGAUGUAGUACAGUAUACAUUCCCUUUAUAAGUUGGUGGUAUUCUAUCACUAUUGAUAUUGUAUUGACCAUGGUGAUUCUCUUUUUAAAGAAAGAAGAUUCAGUUGGGAAGGAUUCAUGGUGUUACAGAGGUCAAGGAGGAGAAGCUGUUUCAUGGAACAAAAGUCAGCAACGUACACACAAUUUGUACGUACAAUUUCGACAACAGGUUAGCUGGUAUCAACGGCCAUGUCCUUGGAAAAGGUACGUGAUGAUGAAACAGACUGUAAAUGAAUAUUGUAUGAUAGCAGGUAUAAUCUCACUGGUACAAUAACCCCAUUAUUAACAAUUUUCUUCCUUUUAUGUAGGAACCUACUUUGCAAGAUUUGCCUCAUGCAGAUAAGUACAGCCCAUGGAACACUGAUCCAGUAACUCUGUUUGGUGAGGCACCACAAGGCUUCAGUAGCCAACAGACCAAAACAAGGUUUCUGUGUCAGGUGAUAGUUGGGAAAACUACACUGGGAAAGAAAGAUGACAAAAGUGCUAUCAACUUCCAUGACAGUUGUGUGGACAAUGUCAUAUAUCCCAGAAUUUUUGUCAUAUUUGAUCCCAAUCAGAUAUAUCCAGAGUACUUAAUUCAGUACAAUUGA